AUGAAGGUGAGGAAGCCAAAGUUUAUUGGGGUCAUCCAGGCUAUCUUGACGGCUGGAAAGCAACUGCGGAAGCUUGUUCUCGAGGAUACUGACAACGUGUCUUCUCAGCAUAGAACUGUCCACUCUUCUUUGUUGAGAAGGCUCAUAAGUACAGCUUCAUCGUCUGCUGUACUUGCUAAUGCUGUGAAACUUCUGUCGUGUCUUGACAAAGAUGCUGCUGAUCAAGGAGAUAUGAUAAACCUAUUCAUUUCAUCUGUUGACCAGUUCCCCGAGGUUGCAGAGGGUCAUGUGACUGUUGAAAUGGCCAAACAAAAACUGGAUUUAUUAAUUGUUGAAUAUCGGAAGCAGCUUGGCAUGCGCAGCUUGGAGUACAAAACCGUAUCUGGAACAGCUUACCUGAUCGAACUACCAGUAGAUAGAAGGGUGCCUUCAAAUUGGAUGAAAGUAAAUAGCACCAAAAAAACUAUUAGAUACCACACUCCUGAAGUAUUGAAGAACUUGGACAACUUAUUACUGGCUAAAGAAGAACUAGCAGUUAUCUGCAGGAAAACAUGGCACAAAUUCCUUAUGGAUUUUGGCAAAUAUUAUGCGCAGUUUCAAGCAUCUGUGGAAUCUCUUGCAGCUCUUGACUGCUUAUACUCUCUUGCCACUCUUGCAAAACAAAAUAAUUAUGUACAACCUAAUUUUGUUCCUGAAAAUGAAGCAAGUCAGAUCCACAUCAAAGAUGGCCGCCAUCCGGUUCUGGAGUCUCUACUUGGAGACAAUUUCGUUCCAAAUGAUACAAACCUUCAUGCAGAUGGGCAGUACUGCCAGAUUGUUACAGGACCAAACAUGGGAGGAAAAAGUUGCUAUAUUCGUCAAGUUGCACUAAUUACUAUUAUGGCCCAGGUUGGUUCCUUUGUACCAGCUUCAUCAGCAACACUUCAUGUUGUUGAUGGAAUUUAUACUCGGAUGGGUGCAUCUGACAGUAUUCAACAAGGAACAAGUACCUUUUAUGAAGAGAUGAAUGAAGCUUCCAGCAUAUUACAGAACUGCUCAUCUCGAUCCCUAGUUAUCAUUGAUGAGCUUGGCCGUGGAACAAGCACACACGAUGGUGUUGCUAUAGCCUACGCUACAUUACACUAUCUCCUGAAAAACAAGAAAUGUAUUGUCAUUUUUGUAACUCACUAUCCAAAGAUUCUUGAUAUCCAGAGUGAAUUUGAAGGUUCUGUUGGGGCAUACCAUGUUUCAUAUCUGUCGACAAGGAAGCUGUUGCAAAUCAGUGAUGAAAUGAUGGGUAAUGGCACAGAAACAGAGGAUCUUGGAGAAAUUACUUUCUUGUAUAAACUUGUUGCUGGAGCUUCAGACAGAAGCUUUGGUCUUAAUGUCGCACUGCUUGCGCAGCUCCCGUUCAGAUGUAUUAAGCGGGCAUCGGUCAUGGCAGCCAAACUGCAAGAAGAGAUGAGUAAGCGCGAUAUAAACAAGCUGGUGAGGUUAAUGGACGAACCAUCCAGUGAUGGACCACGGGAAAGCUCUUCAGAAGUUGGUUUGCUUUGUGCAGAGCCUCACCAGGGGUUGAUGGAAGCAUGCCGCAGGAUACUGCAUGACAUGAGAUCUGCUCAAAGUAAUAACGACAUAACAAAUACACUUUCUUGUUUGAAGAGUGCACAGGAGAUAGCAUCGAAGAUGAUUAAAGGGUAGCAUCCUUCUCAAAUGAUGAAGCACUCUCUCAUUUCUUCCUUACCUUUUUUCUUUUCUUGUUUGGAAUGUAUUUCUUCCUUAACUUGAGGGGGAAUUAUCAGGUAUUGGUACUGUCCCGUUCUGUCCAUCUGUAUUUGCAUAUCUGGCCAUUGAUAGAGCCCCUCAGUCAGCAUUUUCUUACAUGUCACUCAUCGAUAUGUUCCACUUCUGUCGUGGUAGCAUGUUUAUGAGUGUCCUAUAUAAGUAUGUAGAAGGGAGUAUAUAUUUUGUGUUGCAUCGGUA